CUGUGAAGGGGAAAAAACGAGAGAGGGAAAAUGAAAGGUUUGUCAGGGACAGGAAAACAGCAAUGAGAGAGCAUUCCAGCGCCAGACAAUGAGGGGUGGGACACAGCUGUGUAUUUCAGAAUCUGUAAUCUAACUCUUAAAUCAGGAACACGGCGAGGUCUGGGUUGUACUUUAUCGAGAUGAAGUCUGAGGAAGGAGUCGCUGGAGGAGGAAUGUUUAUUUAGAAGCGGAAGCCCUCCAGCAGUGCUCCGGAGCCCUCGCUUCGAAUUCACCGUUUAUCACCUCGAGAUUUAGCUGAAGAUUAGCCGUGUUAGCCGAGCCUCCGCUCGUCUGCGCUUCCCCUAGAGCUUAUUUUGGUAACAGCGACGUCAUUUUCUUCAUAUUUCGCGUAAGAAGGAAGCUAACAGUGCACUUGGAGACGAGGCGUUAAGAAGCUAGUAAACCUGGCGUAACUGUAUGGUCUUCUCUAAAAGUCGAGGUUGUCUGUCAGCGAAGCUGAGGAUGUGCUAAUACGGCGUGGUUUUUGCACAUCUGGAUACCAGAGGCACUGACUGUGGUGUGGUUUGGCAACUCCUCCUUAAAGUCCUCAAAGUGGUGCUAGAAACUUAAUCGUUUCCAUUCAGGAGCACUUUAGUGACAAUAUGUGAACUGAAGGUACGAUUUCAUGACGGAUGAACAUCUUGUUGCUCACUGAUCGAUAAGGAAGAGGAGGAGUGACGGACAGAGCCGGAGGAGAAAGCAGAGAUGGAAGACGCUGCAAGGCUCUCACUGCUGCUCGCUUUGAUGUGUUCAGGAAUCCACACCGUUCUCACAGCCCAAACCAUGGAAGACAUGUUGUGGUGUGUGUGUGAGCAUGCACAUACGUGUGACAGUCCAGGCAGUUGUAGGGGUGAUAUCUGCUUCUUUACAAUGGUCCAUGGGCAGGUAACUAGAGGCUGCUUUAUGAUGGAACAUCGUGAACAGUGCUUAGUGUCCAGUAUCCCUAGUGUGUAUGUCCACUGCUGCAAUACCGACUACUGCAACGCCAACACAACAGUCCCCACAAAAGUAGAGCCGAGUAAGCCAGACAGUGUGAUCCUGCUAGUGGCUGUGCCUCUGUUGGUGGUGCUGGUGGUGUUUAUAGCGUUGUUAGGACUGGUGCUGUGGCGGCGUUCCCGACGACAGCACCAGCAUCUGCAAGAGCAUGAGCCUUCCAUGCUCAAAGUGCCCUGUGGAGGAGACCCCACCUAUGGGGACAUCUUUGAUGAGUUUUGCACAUCAGGCAGCGGGACUGGGCUGCCUUACCUAGUGCAGAGGACCAUGGCUCGACAGAUCUCCUUAGUUGAAUGUGUUGGCAAGGGACGGUAUGGAGAGGUGUGGAGGGGCACAUGGAUGGGAGAGAGUGUGGCUGUAAAGAUCUUUUCAUCUCGAGAUGAACAGUCCUGGUUCCGAGAGACGGAGAUCUACAACACUGUCCAGCUACGACAUGAAAACAUCUUAGGUUUUAUUGCAUCAGACAUGACAUCCAAGAACUCCAGUACACAGCUCUGGCUGGUCACUCAUUUCCACGAGCUGGGCUCCCUCUACGACUUCUUGCAGUACAGCACUUUGGACCCUGAGGGCUGUUUGCGCAUGUGCCUGUCCGUGGCCAGUGGUCUGGUGCACCUGCACACGGAGAUCCUUGGCACCCAGGGCAAGCCUGCCAUCGCCCACCGUGACCUCAAGAGCCGCAACAUUCUGGUGAAGAGGAACGGCCAGUGCUGCAUCGCUGACCUGGGUCUGGCAGUCAUUCACUCUCUAUCGAACGACUACUUAGAUGUGGGGAACAACCCAAGAGUGGGCACCAAGCGCUACAUGGCUCCAGAAGUCCUGGAUGAGAGCAUUCGUGUGGACAUCUUUGAGUCUUACAAGCAGACUGAUAUCUGGGCUUUGAGCCUCGUUCUGUGGGAAAUAACCCGUCGCACCACCGUAAAUGGAAUCACAGAGGAAUACCGUCUGCCCUUCUUCGAUGUGGUUCCCUCUGACCCCAGUUUUGAGGAGAUGAAGAAAGUGGUGUGUGUGGACCAGUACAGGCCUUGCCUUCACAACAGGCUGCACUCUCAUCCGAUCCUGUCUACCAUUGCUAAAAUUAUGAAGGAGUGCUGGUUCCAGAGCCCCUCAGCUCGCCUCACUGCCCUACGUGUGCGUAAGACCCUGGCAAAGCUGGACCAGGACCAGGACGGCAGCACGGACAAACUCAAAGUGGAUGUCUAGAACUCUAGUUCCUAACACACAGCACCUUAAGAUGGACCCAAGUGCCGUGUUUCAAACUGUUCGGGUUCCAUCCUCACUUCAUGUGCCUUUUAACAAUAGCCUCUAUCCUAAGUUCUUCUCUUGCGCUUCAGCCGAGGAGGCCACAGCUUUGUUGGACUGACUGAAGCCCACAGCUGUGCUUCUUCCCGGGACUGCAAUAUUGCCGCUGUUGAAGGAUUUACCACAUUUAUCAGCAUGGUGACUCAGUUAUGAGUGAAAGUGAGCCAUAAGCCAACCGAAAAGCACUCUAGGGUCGAGCAAAUUGCGAGUGUUUUUCUGUCAGUGUUUUUAUGAAUGUGUUUGUCAGGAUAUGAGCCAUACUGGACUUCCCAGUGGAGGAGUUUCCUGAAAUUCCUUCAUGAGUUUCGUGCAAGUUUUCCUCCUCCGCUAAAUACUUAAUGUCUUAGAACAGGCCGCCCUGUACGUAUUCUAUUUUUUCACGUCAUGUUGUACAUGUGUAUUUUACCAUUUUGUAGUUUUUCCGAAAGCCUUCGGAAUGACAUUUUUAAGCAUAUAUCCAUGAAUAAGCACUGCAGUGAUAACACUUACAUUGCUUAGGUCACUGAAAAACCUUGUAUCUCCAUUUUUCGUUAUUUUUGACUUUGUUGCAUGAUUUGAAAACCCAAGCUACCCUUUAAAGUGCGUUCACUUUCCUUGACAAACGGACCAACAGAAAUGGUCCAAAGUUACUUGGAAAAAAUCUUAUUCCAUUAUUUUCCAUUAUAGGUUGAAAAAUAUUUUUCCUUCUCCUAUAAAGUUACAUUUUAGAGAUACAAGAUUUUGUUCCGACAGUGACGACACGCAAUAUUCAUAUUGAAACUGAGAACCUAGGAUAGUAUUUUAUUGUUAAAUAGUAUGUUUCAACCCAAAGUUGUUUUCAUGUAGUAUAUCUUUUAUAUCAUAUUCUUUAAAUAUUUUUUCAUAAUUAUUUUUUUAAAAGAAUUAUUUACUAUUGUUUUGCACAGAACAUGAAUAUUACUCUCACUCCAAGUAAUGGUAUUUAAAGGAGAAAUAAAACUACACAAUAUUUAAGUUAA